AUCGGCUGAUUUGAAGUGUUUUGCUAUCUGGGUGUGUUCUGUUUGUGCUACCAGGAUACCAUACACCUGAAGAAAGACUUACACAGUUUUUGAGAGUUUACUGUUCCAGAGAUGUUGCAAGUAAAGGCUUGGAUCCCAGGAUACAUUCUGCUUGUACUGAUCACAUUAUGUGGACAAACUGCUCACUGCCAAACUCAACCAACAGGCUCUGGACAUUUUGAAGAGUUGCGACUCAUUCUGGUUGGGAAAACUGGAACAGGGAAGAGUACCUCUGGAAAUAUCAUCCUGAAUAGGCGUGUCUUUGAAGAAGGCAUCUCACCUAAUUCUGUGACUGAAGGGUGCCAAAGAGCAGAGGAAAAACAUGGUGACCAGAACAUUGUUGUGAUUGACACUCCAGGGUUGUUUGACACAACCAAAUCACAAGAAGACUUGAAAGCAAAAAUUGAAAAGUGUAUUGAAGUGUCAGUUCCUGGACCCCAUGCUUUCCUUUUAGUAAUCAGCCUGAAGUCAAGGUUCACACAAGAGGAGCAGGACACUGUGAAAUGGAUCCAGGAAAACUUUGGUCCUGAUGCUUCCUUGUACACUGUUAUACUGUUUACACAUGCCAACUUGCUGGAAGAUAAAACGGUGGAAGACUAUGUGAAAGAGAGCAGAAAUCUACAAAGACUGAUAAACUCCUGUGGAGGAAGAUACCAUUCAUUCACCAAAGACCUGGAGAACAGAGCCCAAGUUGAAGAACUUCUAAAUAAAAUAGAGCAAAUGGUGGAAUUCAAUGGGGGAAGUUACUACACCAAUGAGAUGUAUGAGGAAGCCCAGAAGAAACUUAGAAAAAAUGGGUGGUCCUGCAAAACAGCUCUAGCUGCUAUGGGACUUCCUUUUAUAUUAGGAGUGUAUGCUUUACCUGUUUCUGGAGGAGCAGCUGUUUACAUUGCAGAACACUGCACAGAAGAACUAUCCCCAUUCAACCUUUUUCCUAAAUAAUGGCCAAGACUGGAACAAAUAUUAAUAUAGUUUUCAAUAAUUUGUGCUAGAAUGACAA